UCUUAAUCAAACAGUAGAAAACAAAUGUACUGGAAGAAGAUUAACUUGACUAAUCAAAUAAAAAAAAGGUGAAAGAGAGGGAUUUGGUUCAUUGAUACUCCAACUCAAUCUCGAAUCUCCAACCUCUGUAAGAAGCUCCCAAAUCGCAACCCGUGAAAGAAAGAUUGGGCUGAUUGAAUUUGGUCAAGGGUGUUUCGUCCUGCACUUCCAAAAGUUUCACUCUGCACCUCCAAUUUUCAUAAUUGCCCUGUGAUUAAUGAGAAAACAGAACCCAAUGCUAGGGUUUUUCAGAGAGAAAAGUGAGAAAGAAAGAAGAGAACGAGAAAGGAAGAGGCUUGGCUUGUGCUCGUGAUUGUGGACCAGAGGAGACCAAAGGCACGUGCGGAGGAGAUUGAAUCAGUGGAGAGGAGGUCGAAGAUGAUCGGAGGGCCGAGAUGCGUGGAUUGCGAGCAAGAAAAAAAAGGAGCGUUGGAUUGAAGCUCGAAGGGUCGAAGGCACGGUGAGACGUGAUAGAGUGGUGAGAAGCGGGUGGUGUGACGAGCGGCCAGUGAACAUCAGUACAGCAAGGGAACACGUGAUUAAGCCAAGAACGAACACAAAAGUUGAUGCAAAAGUGAAAUCCUACAUCAGGAUCAAAAGUGUAUAUUGACCUCGUUUGUCCCUUCAAGAAGUCGCUGGAAGAAGUAAUAUCACAGCUCGGAUGAAUAACACAGGGAGACUCAAGUCUUCUAGUUCUGAACUAGACCUUGAUCGACCAAACAUUGAGGAUUACCUCCCUUCUGGAUCGACCAUUCAACAAGAACCUCAUGGAAAGCUUUCUCUGCAUGAUUUACUCAAUAUAUCCCCUACUUUAUCUGAGGCAGCAGGUGCUAUUGUAGAUGACUCAUUUACAAGGUGCUUCAAGUCUAAUCCUCCGGAACCAUGGAAUUGGAAUUUAUAUCUGUUUCCUUUGUGGUGUUUUGGAGUUGUGAUUCGAUACUUGAUUCUGUUCCCUAUCAGGGUUAUAGGGUUAACACUAGGAUGGAUAAUAUUUCUUUCAUCUUUCAUUCCAGUGCACUUCCUAUUGAAAGGACAUGACAAGUUAAGGAGAAGUAUUGAGAGGUCUUUGGUAGAGAUGAUGUGCAGUUUCUUUGUUGCAUCUUGGACUGGGGUUGUUAAGUAUCAUGGACCAAGGCCUAGUAGGCGACCAAAACAGGUUUUUGUAGCCAACCAUACAUCCAUGAUUGAUUUCAUUGUCUUAGAACAGAUGACCGCUUUUGCUGUUAUUAUGCAGAAGCAUCCUGGAUGGGUUGGAUUGUUGCAGAGUACCAUUCUGGAGAGUCUAGGGUGCAUCUGGUUCAACCGUGCAGAGGCAAAGGAUAGAGAAAUUGUUGCAAAGAAAUUGAGGGAUCAUGUCCAGGGAGCUGAUAACAACCCCCUUCUAAUAUUUCCUGAAGGAACUUGUGUAAAUAAUCACUAUACAGUCAUGUUCAAGAAGGGUGCAUUUGAACUCGGCUGCACAGUUUGCCCAGUUGCAAUCAAGUACAAUAAAAUUUUUGUUGAUGCUUUUUGGAAUAGUAGAAAGCAAUCAUUCACCAUGCAUCUGUUGCAGCUAAUGACAUCUUGGGCAGUUGUUUGUGAUGUUUGGUACUUGGAGCCACAAAAUCUCAAGCCGGGAGAGACACCAAUUGAGUUUGCAGAAAGGGUGAGGGACAUAAUCUCAUUGCGUGCUGGCCUUAAAAAGGUUCCUUGGGAUGGAUAUCUAAAAUAUUCUCGUCCUAGCCCAAAGCACAGAGAAAGGAAGCAACAGAGCUUUGCUGAGUUAGUGCUGCGGCGAUUGGAGGAAAAGUGAUGUGUAUCUUUGUGUAGAUUAUUCGUACUUGUUCUUGGUGAUAUUAUUCUUCAACCCUUUUCAUGUUCCUUUUCCCAUGCUACUGUUAUGUUUACAUUUAUUCAGAUAUGCAUAUAUUUCCCAUUAACAAUAAAUUUUCCCAUGGAUUGUUGCUGUCUGUACAAACUGGUGAGAGCCAGAUCUUUUAAGGAUGAAAUUUUUUACUGUC